AUGGUCAGCAAAGCUGCAAGCCGGCCCGGGGACGCCUCGGCCCAGCCGCCGCCCCCUCGAGACGGCUUGAAGGGGCGGGCUUACCACACCAAGUCGCGGGCCGGCUGCUUCUCAUGCAAGAAGCGCCACGUCCGGUGCAACGAGGGCCAGCCGGCGUGCUCCUCGUGUCAGCGGCUACUCCUGCGCUGCGAGUAUCCCCAGGGACCGCGCCGGCCGGCCAGGAACGCCGCCUCGGCAAAGCAGCAGGCCAUGCAGCACGUGCUCUUGCCGGUCGAGCAGAGCGAGGAGGAAAACGCUUCCUCAUGCCACGCGCCACCCCGAGUAGGAAAAGCACUAGUAGUCUUAGCUGCGGCAAGGAGCACACGGAUGCCCAGGCACCUGUGGACGGUGGACGACACGGCGCGGGCCAUUGUGCACGCCGGUUUCGCGACUUUCGACCCCGCCGGCCUUACGCGGAGUAGGCUAUUUGCCUACAUCGUACCGCGCGAGAGCCUGCAUAAGGACUGCUACCGGUACGUAUGCCUCGCGAUCCGGGACCUGAGCAGGUCGCCCAACACGGCGGUGCGGGCCAGGGGCUUCCAUGCGCUGGGCCAGACCGAACACUUUCUCCCUCUCCAACCCGGCGGCAAGGACGACGGCAACAGCAACAUCAGCAGGAACAAGAGCAGACAUGGCAGCGCAGGAGCUGGAACAGACAAGCACCUCGUCGCAGCGGUGGGCAACUACGCUCGCGCCCUCGCCGCCUUCCGGGACGCCCUGCCAAGCAUGGCCCCCCCGGAUAUCGCCUACGCUACCGUGUGCUUCGCCGUUCUCGAGCUCCUGCAGGGCCAUGUCACCUCGCGUAAUGUCAUUAUGCUCGCUGGAGUGGCGCUCCUCCGCCCUUACGUCGUAGCCCCGCGAGAGACGCGGCCCGACGGCGCGGUCCGGUACGGCUUGCACCCGCGGUAUGCCGACUCCCGCGAGCUGUGCGACACCGAGGCCGUGAUUGUCCGGUACGCCGCAGCAGGCGUGCUGGGGGGCCUGACGGUGCCGCUCCCAGGCGUCGAGUCAACGUCGUCACCUCCAGACGAGCCCAGGAGUCACGGCAGAAAGAGACCCUCGCUGCCGACGUUACAUCUCCCUGACACGCUCCCGGCACCUCCUGAGCUGCCACACGACGAUGUUGAUGUUGAUGACGGCGGCCUGACAAGCUCAAUGGACAUGGACACGCUGCGGCGCCAGUGGGAUGCAUUCCACGGCACACUCGAGUCGUGGCUUCUCAGCCGGUACUGGGCCAUCGCCACCGGCUACACGCUCGACGCCUGA